CUCUGAUUAUGACGGAUCUGAAGCCCAAAACAUUAAUCUGACUAUUGGAUUGCAGGAAGCAGAGACUUCUGUAUGUGAGUGAGUGAUUCCCCCUGCUGGGACCCGAGUAGAUAAAAGGAAACUGAAGAUGAAGCCCGCUGCCACCUAUGAGCUACUGGUGGAUGGAGUUGGGAAGUGGGAUUUUACUGGAAAUUUUUUUCCUUGUGAGCUGUUGCUCACAGGAGACGCUGCAUUCCCGGUGUUGGUAAGCCCUGAGAAGCAGGUACCGAUCGCUGUUUCUCACUAUGGGAAAGGCCGGAUGGUGGUCGUUUCUCACGAGGAAAUCCUGAAGAAUCCCAACUUUUCCCAGUUCCUUAGGAAUGUUGUGGACUGGCUCAGACCCUUCCCAGAGGCACAGGUCGGAGUCCAUAGGAGCCUGGAUCCCCUCUCUCAGCUGCUCCUAAGGUCCAGCACUAAAGUGCAGCCCGGCGUGGGGCUCAGUGCCUCUCUAGGGGUGUACUGUACAGAUGCCUAUGAUGACGCUCAGGCAGAGGAGCUGGUCCACUUUGUAAAGGGAGGUGGGGGCCUGCUCAUUGGUGGUCAGGCCUGGUACUGGGCUAGUCAACACGGUGCGGAGAAGGUGCUGUUUGAAUUCUCUGGGAACCGAGUGACCAGCGUGGCUGGCGUGUACUUCACCGGCAAUACAGUGAGGCCAGGGAUCUUCAAAGUCUCGGGAAAGAUCCCAAAGAUCCCCUUGAUCGUCCCGCACGGGGCUAAUCUCAGCCAGGAUGCAGAGCUUCUCCUCAAGGGUCUGUCGGAACUGGAUAUAGUGACCGGCGGGGUGCCAUCCCCACUGCUGGUGCAUGGGGUGCUGGCCUUCCCCCUCGGCCUGGACAGCUCCCACCGCUGCUUCCUUGCUGCAGCGCGCUAUGGCCGGGGCCGGGUGGUGGUGGCGUCUCAUGAGGGCCAGCUGUGUGCCCCAAAGCUGGCAGGGUUCCUGCUCAAUGCUGUACACUGGUUGGAUGCUGGGAGGCAGGGGCUGGUUGGGAUUGCUGCCCACCUCAAGGGGCUGUGUUCCCUGCUGUCCCAGGAGGGCCAGAAGUACCGGGUAUCAGCGCUGACGAGCGACAUGAGUGUCUACUGCUGCCCUUCUCACAGCGACCAAGAGGCAGAGAAGAUCCAGGCCUUUGUGGCGGAGGGGGGAGGGUUGCUGAUUGGGGGGCAGGCCUGGUACUGGGCCUCCCAAAAUCAAGGCCAAGCUGCCGUUGCCAGAUACCCUGGCAACAAAAUCCUCAACCGCUUUGGGAUCAGCAUCCUGGGCAUGAACCUCAAGGCUGAUAAAUACCCAGCACUGCUACCGGAGGAGCUUCCCCGUCACUACCACUUCCGUCAGGCACUCUCCCUCUUCCAGAGGCAGGUGGACAAGGAGGAGGCACUCAGAGCCCCCCUGGCAGACUGGCUGCAUAGGCUAGGGCAGGAUUGUUCUGCCUUCCUGAGGAUCCCAGCUGAAGACUGCCCCGCGUACUCCUCACUCCACCGCAUCCUGCUCAAAGUGCUGCGCAGAGGUGGGAUCCCGCAGGUCAGCAAGAAGAAUCCAAUCAAGAGCAACUCCAAGGAGGCAGCCCUGCUGUGCCUGGCUACGGAGCUGUCCCAGACCAUGACAGACUGUGCUGUCCUGGUGCAGAAACCCACCGAUGCGGUCUGCAAGCUCCCAUCCAGCUCUCCUGUCACCCUGGAAAUUGAUGGCACAAAUACAGGUGGGACAGCAUGGAUGAGUACAGGACUUUACCUACCUGAUGGGAACACGGCAGUGAUAAUGUUUCCUUGCAUGGCGACCAGUGCUGGUCUGCAGGUGCAGAUCGGGUGUCACUCUGAUGACCUCACCGCUGCGAAGGAGCUGAAACGGGCCCCCAUGGUGGUACGCAAGUGCCAGGUCAGCUGCCAGAAGCAGUCAGUCUCCUGCCUCUGGGGCGGCCUCAUUUACAUCGUCGUGCCAGGGGGAAGCCAGCUGGGCAAAGUGCCCAUCACUGUGGAAGGGGCAGUCCAGGUUCCCUACUUCAGACUGGGAGAGACCUGUAAAUGCCAGUGGCAGGCCAGCAUCCGGCACUACCCUGCACCCUGGGCCGAACUAGCUACUGAGAACAUUAUCCUGACUGUGCCUGCUGACAGCAUCCGCCAUAUAGAGAACCCAGAGCCUCUUCUGACCCUCUGGGACCAGAUCAUGAUGGCUAUAGCUGAGUUGGCAGCAGCACCAGUGAAGUUCCCAAGGCCAGAGAGGAUUGUAACAGACGUCCAGAUCUCAGCUGGCUGGAUGCACGCUGGCUACCCCAUCAUGGGCCACCUGGAUUCGGUGAAGGAGAUGGUGAAUGUGGAACACAUGCGAGCCACUGGCCUGUGGGGCCCCAUCCACGAGCUGGGACACAACCAGCAGCGGGCAGGCUGGGAAUUCCCCCCUCACACUACUGAGGCCACCUGCAACCUGUGGUCUGUCUAUGUGCAUGAGAAGGUGCUGGGGAUCCCCAGGGACAGGGCCCACCAGGCUCUCCAGCCACAGUGUCGGAAGCAGAGGGUCACCGGUUAUCUGGAGAAAGGGGCUCAGCUGAAGGACUGGAGCAUGUGGACUGCGCUGGAGACGUACUUGCAGCUGCAGGAGGGCUUUGGCUGGGAACCCUUCAUCCUCCUCUUCUCUGACUACCAGAAAAUGUCCAACAUCCCCAAGGACAACCCCUCCAAGAUGAACCUGUGGGCUGAGAAGUUCUCUCGGCAGGUGAACAAGAAUCUGGCUCCUUUCUUUCUGGCCUGGGGCUGGCCUAUCAAGGAAGACGUCUCCUUGGAACUGGCUACUCUACCAAACUGGGAGGAGAACCCAAUGAAGCUAUACAGACCUGGGAAGAAAUAAAGUCUGGGCACUUUGUCUUCAGAACUAAUCCAAUAGCUGCUUACCUGUCCUUCAAGUUGUACCAGAGUUUGCAUUGGUCUAGCAGGUAUACUUAGUGCUGCCUCAGCGCAGGGGCCUGGUCUAGAUGAUCUCUCAAGGUCCCUUCCAGCCUGACGUUUCUAUGAUCGUGCCAACACACUGUCUGAUUCAGAUUUUAUAUCCACAACCUCUAUCCUUCACUGGACAGUGGGAUAUGGACUUACUAUUCCCCGUCUUUGCCCUGAAUUCCAUAGCUUGUUGCUCUCUCUGCGUGAAAUCCCCACCCGCCCCAUGCAGAGGGUCAGCAAAGGUCUAUGUGACACUCAAAUUCCGUGUUUUGAGGACUUAAGCAGUGCAUAGGCCUGGUGCUGACCCUCUGCCUAGGGAGGAAUUUCAACCCUGCUGUGCUUACUUCCUGCCGAACCUGUCUCUCCAUGCAAAUGGAUGGACUAGUCACUGGGUUAUCUCAGGGAUUACAUAAAAGAGAUCCAUAUCCUUAAUGCUAACAAUGGCAAAGACAAUAUUGAUUUCUUCUAGUUUAUUGUUUUAAUGUAGGUAACACUAGACCUUCAGUAUACAUUUCAUUGGUCUUAGUUCUUAUUAAGAUUUACUCUCUCUAAUACUGGAUAAGAUUCCACACCCACAGUCUUAAAACCAAGUGACCUCAUACUGCGUUUAUCCAAUUGCCAUUUAGCUGAGAUCCCAAAUACUGGUGCUUUCUUUCAAUUGUGCAUUGCUGAUUUUCAUUUUUCUUCUGUCUCAGAUGUAUUCCUGAUUUUCUGGGAUACCAUCUGUGAAAAUGCAUUGGCUUAGACUUCUGCAUCAUGUUCCAAAGAUACGUUCCAUUUUUUUUUUCCCAUAUCGAUAUGAGAUAUUCUUCCAGUAGACCAUUGUCCCCCAUCCUCCAGGCAGAAAUUCAGCACAGGUGUGGACAACACUUAAAUCCCACUUUGGCCCUGUUUUGAAGGCUCAAAAUACAGUUUACAUGGUGCUUAGAUUUUUGAGCUGGCCCUAUAUAGAGGGUGAAUUUCCACCUUGGUGAGUGUAUAAGCAGAGGACAAGAUAUGAAUGGAUAUAAAAAAGUUGCUCAAAAUCCUGUCGGUUUUAUUAUAGGACUGUGUUGCUUAAGAGGUGGGAUUAUUUAUUUUUACUCACCAAAAAUGGACUUGAAAAUCUAAAAAAGAGCAGGGCCACAUAUGGCAAAUUACACCAGCUGAGGGUCUGACCUGAAAUGCUUGGAGACCUACACUGAUGAAAUCCAAAUGUAAACUAACCACUCUCAUUUUACCAAAAGAGAGAGAUCCGUUCUUUAGCCAAAAUAUGCUAUACUGUGAAAUGGGGGCUAAAUCAGAGUCCUAUUGGCACAGCAAGGAGUCGAAUCCAGACGUUCAAAGAUGCUUUGCCAAGCACUCCGAGUGCAGGUUUGGGCCUAUGAAAAGGCAAAAAAGACCCUCCUGAUACUGGCAAAUCAAAGUUGAUUUUAUUUCUACAGUAUGAUUGUGAGACUAGCCAACACACUUGCAGACAGACUACAAAAUAUAUAGGUACAAUAAUUCUUCAGCAACAAACAGGGUAUAUGAAACAAAAAAUCUUUGAGGCCAACAACACCGGAACGUCUGUUAGAUUCUUUACUAGCAAUUUUUGGCCAGAAGCAAAUUGUACAUAAGCAAGGCUUUUCCCCUUAGUGGUUGUAAAGCAUUCAAUAGCUUUGAAUGAACUACUGUUUUAAUAAUAGAUCCAAGCUCUGUACCAUAUGCCACAGGUAGCGAUGGCCUCAGGUCUGCUCACUCAGAUGAAUCUAACUUAAGAAGUACAAUGCAAGUUUGCCCCAUUUUCCUGUUGUUGACUAUUCUAGUCCUUGAACUUCUGGCAAGAACCAUAGAAAGGAAUCCACCAGUUUAAGGUAUGGUAGAUUAGAGUGGAAGGAGGGGAAAUUAUGCUGUCUGCAGAUUACAUUGUCUAUCUAUCAUACCACUCUUCAGGUAUUUUAAUACUUUGUAUAUGUAUAUUAUAUAUUUGCAGUUUCUUCCCAUCCCUAAAUCUACAUAGUUUAUAUUGUUAUUAUUAUUUAUUAUUACUAUUGUGGGAAAGCUAAAUCUGAAUAGACCCCUUAAACCAACUUGCCUCUGCAACUGCUGCCUCACCUCCCUACUCCCAUUCAUCUCUAAGCUCAUCGAAUGUGCUGUUUACAGCCCGUGUCUGGUGUUCCUCUUCUCCAGUUCCCUCCUAGACCCUCUCUAGUCUGACUUCUGGCCCUUGCAUGCCACUGAAAUUGUGCUCAUGAAAGUCCCAAAUGACUUUUUCCUUGCCAAAGCAGAGAUCCAGUAUUGCAUCCUCAUCCCCCUUGAGGAAUUAGCUACCUCUGACACUCUUCUUAAAAUUUUAUCCUCUCUUGGGUUCUGUGACUCUGUUCUCUCCUGGUUGUCUCUAAUUGCUCCUUCAGCAUGGCCUUUGGAGUAUUCUCAUCUGCCCUCCAGAUUUCUAUUCCACAGAGCUCUGUCCUUGGUCCCCUUCUCUUCUCCCUCUAUACCUUAUCUCUGGGUCAUCUCAUCUGCGAAUACAAAUUUAACUACCAUCUUUGUGCUGAUGACACAUAAAUCUACCUCUCUACUCCAGGCCUGUCUCUCUGACAUCUCCUCAUGAAUCUCUAGCUCUCAGUUCAAGUUCAACAUGGUUAAAACAGAGCUCCUAAUCUAUCCCCAAGUCCUACCCACACCUCCUUUCUCAAUCACUGUGGACAACACUAUCCAGCCUGUAACUUGGGCAUCAUUUUCAACUUGGUCCUCUCUGUAAGUCCUCACAUCCAGGCUAUGGCUAAAUCUUGCCAAUUCUUUCUGCAAAGCAUGUCUAAGAUAUGGUCUUUCCUGGCCAUCCACAAAUGUCUCCCAUUGUCUUGUGUCUCUGUUACGGCAAUAUCCUCUCUGGCCUGACAAAUGCAAUCUUGCCCCAUUUAUCUCCAUUCAGAAUACUGCUGUCAAGCUCAUUCCCUAGCCUGUCAGUCUGACCAUGUCACCUUCUCUUUGCAGCCCUCUCUUGGCUCCUAUCACAUCAAACAGAAGCCGCUGGUCUUUAUUUUCAAGGCCCUUCCUUGCCUACCCCAACUCUACCUAUCAUCUCUCAUUUGCUAUCAAAAUGUCGACUCCCAUCUUUGAUUGGCCCAUGAUUCCAGCCUCCAUCAUCCCCUGGUUAAAUUUUCAAACAAGCACCUUUGUGCUUUCUCCCAUGUUGUGGUGUGCUGAGAUCACACACUAUCAUACUGACCAAUGCUGUUUCACUGUUGCCUUGUACUCACCCAUCGGCUUGUGUGUGCCCAUCUGUUGUCUCUUGUCUCAUACCUGGGGCAGGUCUACACUACAGUGGGGAUCAACGCUCUGAGAUCGAUCCACCCGUGGUCGAUUUAGUGGGUCUAGUAAAGAACAACCAAAUUGACUGCAGAUCGCUCUACAGUUGACCCCUGUACUUUACCCCUAGGGUGACCAGAUGGUCUGAUUUUGUAGGGACAGUCCCGAUAUUUGGGGCUUUUUCUUAUAUAGGCUCCUAUUACCCCCCGUCCCGAUUUUUCACACUUGCUGUCUGGUCACCCUAUUUCCCCAAUGAGAAGAGUAAGGUAAGUCAACAGGAGAUUUUCUCACAUCAACCCCCUGCGGUGUAGACCCUGCGGUAACUCGACCUAAGGUACGUCGACUCCACCUACAUUAUUUACGUAGUUGGAGUUGCGCAGCAUAGGUCGACAUACCGCGGUAGUGUAGACGUAGUCCCUGGCCCAAAGAGCUUACAAUCUAAGGCUAUCUUUUUCUUCCGUGUUUGUACAGCUCUUAGCAAAAUGGGGUUUUGGUCCUUGACUAGAGCUAUGGACUAGGGGGCCUACGUGCUCUGGUAAUAUAAAUAAUGAGCAAUAAAUAAUACAUGAUAGGGAUGAAAUGGCCACCCAGUGGCAGCAGAGAGCAAAGGAAUGAAAGUGAUGUAAUUAGAUGAUUGAACAGGUGCGUUGUGGAAGAGGCUGCGGCUGUAGUUAGGAUAUUUACUGAGAGUGAGCUAUGGUCUGACCCUAUAUGACAGGGAGAUGGGAUACUAGAUGGUCCCGUGGUCCUUUCUGGGGUGCAGGCAAUGGGAUAACAAGCUAGAUGAAUCAGUGAUUUAAACCUGUGUAGCAGACGGCUGGACUAGAGAGGACAGAGGCCUGAUUUGGAUAAGGAGAGGGAACAAUGCCUUGUUCUAGUACACUAGAAUCAAGCAGAGCAAGAGCUGGCAUGCCAGCGUGGAUGGAAUAAUGAUUGACUAUAGUAUUCCCUAAAUGAAACUGUCCUCUGCUAGAGAGUGAACAAAUUAUUUCCUUGAGGAAAUGCAAUUUCUUUGCAUGGUAUUUUGAGAAACAAACAAUGCUACUCGGUGUUAAUUUAGGGUCACAGUCAGUUUUUCUCUAAGGCAGAAGUCAGGAGAGAUUCUCCUCCUCUUUGUAAUCUCUCUGGAUGGAAACAGGUGUGGGUGAGGGGGAAGCGGUGUGAUUUCCUGAUAGAUUCACCUAUUGUAAAAUCUUAUCACCAGCAACUUAAAUAAGGCCCUUCUGCAUUUACUGUUUACAAGUUACAGCAUCACUUUCAAUGACCAGACUUUUAAUUAGACCCAAAGAGAUUUUUUCAAGGUUGCCCUGUAAGCUGUUCACUGCUGCGAAGACAUUGGUGUUUAGAACAGCAGUAACUCAGGGCCUACCAAGGUCAAUGGAAAGAUUCCAGUAGAGCCUGUGAAAUAGACUUGAAUGGGAUCCUCGGAGCUGAAACAAUUCAGAGGCAGCCAGUCAUGAAGCAUGGCACCUCUUUCUUAUUCCCUUGCCCUCUCCUCUCCUCUUUGUCACAGUUUCAUAUAAUUAAUUCUCAUCCUGUUACCUUCUGCUUACUGUAGUUAUCAGCAAUUUGUAUUUAACUUUUCAGUUUUCCCCUUUUAUUUCCUCAUAGUUGUUUAUUAAACUCAGUGUCUCCUCUUCAAUCAGAUAGUCAAAGUCACUGCUCUCUGUGUAUGUAUUACUUCUUUAUAUUGUUUUUAUUGCAUUCAAGAUAAACAGAAAGAAGAUAGUUACAUGGGAACUGGAGAGUAUUAAGUGUUAGCGAACACAAGUAAAAUAAAAUCUGUAUUAGGGGUCUGUUUUUUUUUUCCACUGAUUUACCCACCAUGAUAAAGGGGCAUUGUCAGGCACUAUUUAGGUUCUAAAUCUAGGAUUUCUUAAUCAAAGGUAUAUCAUUAAUUACAAGGAAUGUCAACUUUAAUUUCAGCCCUCUUGUUCAAAUGCAUUGUGACACUAUCUUUAAUUACAUGAUCACAUACUAUUUUUUCCACAGGCUCUGACCUCAUUCAGGACAGGACAGAUGCACCAAUAAAUCUGGCUUUUCAUA